GCGGCGGCGACAGGGAGGGAGGUGUGGCGGUCCAAGAAGAAGAAGAAGACGAUGGGUGGAAGAGGAGGAGGAGGAGAGAAGAUGAAGGAGAAGAAGAUGAGGGGGAGGCGGAGGAGGAGAGAAGAAGAAGAAGAAGAAGAACAAGAAGAUGGCGGCGGCGGCAAGGAGGUAGGGUAUGGUGGCGGGGUAUGACGGCGGGCUGUGGCGGCGGUCGUACAAGAAGAAGAAGAAGAAGAAGAUCGGCGGAAGAGGAGGAGGAGGAGAGAAGAUGAAGGAGAAGAAGAUGAGGGGGAGACGGAGGAGGAGAGAAGAAGAAGAAGAAGAAGAAGAUGGGGGCGGAGGCAGGGCGGUAGGGUAUGGUGGCGGGGUAUGGCGGCGGUCUGUGGCGGUGGUCGUACAAGAAGAAGAAGAAGAAGAAGAAGAAGAAGAAGAAGAAGAAGAAGAAGAAGAAGAAGAUGGGCAGAAGAGGAGGACGAGGAAGGAGAAGAAGAUGAGGGGGAGGCGGAGGACGAGAGAAAAAGAAGAAGAAGAAGAAGAUGGCGGCAGCGGCAGGGCAGUAGGGUAUGGUGGCGGGGUAUGGCGACGGGCUGCAACGGCGGUCCUACAAGAAGAAGAAGAAGAAGAAGAAGAAGAAGAAGAAGAAGAAGAAGAAGAAGAUAAGCGGAAGAGGAGGAGAAGGAGAGAAGAGGAAGGAGAAGAAGAUGAGGGGGAGGCGGAGGAGGAGAGAAGAAGAAGAAGAAGAUGAAGAGCGGAGCAGGGUUUUUUUUUUCCCUUACCUGUCGUUUAUCUCGCGACCUAUCGCUGACGAAUGGAACAAAAAAAAAAGAAGAAAAAGAAGAUAGUCGGAAGAGGAGGAGGAGAGAAGAAGAAGAGGAAGAAGAAGAAGAAGAUGAGAGGGGGACGAGCGAUAGGCGACUCCACGACGCUGGCGACGGGCGACGGGCGACUCAACGACGCUGGCGACGGGCAACGGACGACU